AUGGCUGAAACGAGGCUUUGGAAGGGAAACGACCUCCGUUGCGUCCUCGAUAUAUCGCGGUCGGAUGAUAAAUGGCAGAAAGUUGACAACCCUUCCGAUGGGACUCUGGGUGCGGGCAUUCCUUUCGCUGACGAAUGUAGAUACUCGUCUCUGCGAGAUGACUAUUGGGGUCCCUCCGAUGAGCAGCAGUACGAAACACUCAAUGCUGGCCAUGUGCUUUACCUCGUCCUGGAUGGCAAUCAACCGAAUCCACUGUUUCGAUCACCUAUAACGUCGCCACUGUAUGUCCUCGAUAUAGGAACGGGACCUGGGACCUGGGCCAUCGAUGUUGCCGAUCAAUUUCCGGCUGCAACCGUGUAUGGUGUUGACCUUUCUCCUCCGCCAGCAACGUGGGUACCUCCGAACUGCUUUCUCCAGGUGGACGAUGUCCUCCAGGAUUGGACGUGGAGGGAAGAAUUUGAUCUGAUCCACAUGCGCCUGAUGCUCGGAGCCUUUACAGACACCGAAUGGGGCGCAGUCUACCAAAAAUGCUUCGACAACCUGAGAUCCGGGGGAUACAUCGAGCAAAUCGAAUUGGACGUGCGGGUAAUGUCUGAUGACGGCUCUCUCGACCCGGACUCGCUGUUAGCUGGGUGGGGCCAGAACUUCCUCGACUGCGCGCAACGAGCAGGCCGUCCCUUGGACACACAGUUGACCAUGAAGGCCAAGAUCGAAGCUGCCGGAUUCGUCGACGUCCAAGAACAUCUGUACAAAUGUCCGAUCGGGGCCUGGCCAAAGGACCCGCUCCUCAAGGACGCUGGCAGAAUCAAUCUGACCCAUUGGAGCUCUGGUCUGGAAGGAUGGGCCAUGUUUUUGUUGACGAGAUGGGGGGCUCCUGAGCCCUGGACUGCGGAUGAGGCCCGAGUAUAUGUCGCCAAGGUGAGGGAGGAACUGAAGAAACGGCGGCUGCACAUAUGGCAUUAUACGUAA